AUGGAGUGCUACGGAGCUCUUUGCAAACCCACCACUGUUCUGUUCUGCAUGUUGACAAGUCGUCACUUGUUUCUGACUUCCUGUUCUUUACAGAUUAACUUCCUGAUCUUCAUCCACAUAAUAAAGAUCCUGGUGUCCAAACUGAGGGCUCACCAGAUGAGAUACUCCGACUACAAGUUCCGGUUGGCUAAGUCUACCCUAACCCUGAUCCCUCUACUAGGGAUACACUUGGUGGUGUUUGUCUUCGUGACGGAUGAGUCCACCAAGGCCACCAUCACCCUGCGUCUCACCAAACUCUUCAUCGACCUCUUCUUCACCUCCUUCCAGGGUCUUCUGGUAGCUAUCUUAUACUGCUUUGUCAACAAAGAGGUCCAGUCAGAGAUCCUGAAGAAGUGGAAGCGUUGGAAGCUGGGUCGUAACAUCGAGGAGGAGUACCGCCACACCUAUAGCCAGACACCCCACCUCAACACUAAGAGCAGCAGCCUGCUGGGUCACGACCCCUCGCACCCCUCCUCAAUGCUCCUCCACCCCCACCUCCCCGACAUCACCACCUCCUCCCCUGCUCCCCCUGGCCAGGGCCCAGGCUGCUCCCCAGAGGAGAAGCACCUCCUGGUGGUGAGCUGUCAGAAUGGCAUGGGGCGGAGCAGGAGGAACACAGGGUCGUCCAUGCAGUUUCCCUCCCUACCACGUGAGGGCACCAUCAGCUGUAGUCACACACUGAUAGAGGAUCAUAUGGAUGAAAUCUGCUUGACGGACAGGGUGUCAGAGUGUUACGAGGCUCCUAGAGGAAAUGCAGAGAGCCACCUCUGAGACUGGAGAGGAGGGGGAAGAUGAAUAACGUAACACCCUGGUAACUACAGUAGAGACUGGAGAGGACGGGGAAGAUUAAUGACGUAACACCCUGGUAACUACAGUAGAGACAGGAGAGGAUGGGGAAGAUUAAUGACGUAACACCCUGGUAACUACAGUAGAGACUGGAGAGGACAUGGAAGAUUAAUGACGUAACACCCUGGUAACUACAGUAGAGACUGGAGAGGACGGGGAAGAUUAAUGACGUAACACCCUGGUAACUACAGCAGAGACUGGAGAGGAUGGGGAAGAUUAAUGACGUAACACCCUGGUAACUACAGCAGAGACUGGAGAGGACGGGGAAGAUUAAUGACGUAACACCCUGGUAACUACAGUAGAGACUGGAGAGGACGGGGAAGAUUAAUGACGUAACACCCUGGUAACUACAGUAGAGACUGGAGGGGACGGGGAAGAUUAAUGACGUAACACCCUGGUAACACUCUGGAGCUGGGUAGUGUGUUCCAGGAGAGGUGUGUUUCUCAAUGGCCGUCAGCCUGGACCUAUGUUAAUGAGCGAGAUGGCCUUGACAGACCCAGGACCAGUGUGUGUCUCAGUGUUCGUAUCGUCACCCUGAAACAGUGUUAGUGGGAGAGAGAGACACCUACUCGACCCUCUCCAAUCCACAGCCAAAUGAGAGAAACAUAGAACAAGCUAGACCUACCAUGUUGGACCCCACUGACCCAGACCAGCCCUCCCAUGUUGGACCCCUCUGACCCAGACCAGACCUCCCAUGUUGGACCCCACUGACCCAGACCAGCCCUCCCAUGUUGGACCCCUCUGACCCAGACCAGCCCUCCCAUGUUGGACCCCUCUGACCCAGACCAGACCUCCCAUGUUGGACCCCUCUGACCCAGACCAGCCCUCCCAUGUUGGACCCCUCUGACCCAGACCAGCCCUCCCAUGUUCGGACCCUCUGACCCAGACCAGACCUCCCAUGUUGGACCCCUCUGACCCAGACCAGACCUCCCAUGUUGGACCUCUCUGACCCAGACCAGCCCUCCCAUGUUGGACCCCUCUGACCCAGACCAGCCCUCCCAUGUUGGGACCCUAUGACCCAGACCAGCCCUCCCAUUUGGACCCCUCUGACCCAGACCAGCCCUCCCAUGUUGGACCCCUCUGACCCAGACCAGCCCUCCCAUGUUGGACCCCUCUGACCCAGACCAGCCCUCCCAUGUUGGACCCCUCUGACCCAGACCAGCCCUCCCAUGUUGGGACCCUCUGAUCCAGACCAGCCCUCCCAUGUUGGACCCCUCUGACCCAGACCAGCCCUCCCAUGUUGGACCCCUCUGACCCAGACCAGCCCUCCCAUGUUGGACCCCUCUGACCCAGACCAGCCCUCCCAUGUUGAACCCCUCUGACG